AUGGCGUCACCCAGUAUUCCCCGUCGUCGACCUCACGGCGAGGAUGAAGAAAGCAAAGACGCGACGUUUGAUCCCCCAACCGAACCCUCGAGCAAUAAACGCCCCCGCCUGAACCCCGCUGGAAGCGACGACGGAUCGGAUUCUGGAGAAGAGAGCGAAGGUGGAGGUGAAGCAGAGAGCGAUGAGGAUAGCGCUGGGUCCGAAACACCAGAAGCAGUUUCUCAGGCCCCGCGUGCGAUAGCCCACGAUGGCCUUGGCCCCGGUGGCUAUAAGCCGGGCGCGAUCGUGCGGAUCAAAGUGACGAACUUCGUGACCUACACGUCAGCAGAGUUUCAUCCUGGACCAAAACUCAACAUGGUCAUUGGCCCAAAUGGAACGGGCAAAAGCACCCUGGUCUGUGCCAUCUGCUUGGGCCUGGGAUGGGGACCUCAGCAUCUUGGACGCGCCAAAGACCUGGGCGAAUUUGUGAAGCAUGGGGCCCGAGAGGCUAUGAUUGAGAUUGAACUAUGCGGACCGCCCAAGACCCGUGACAAUCCUAUCAUCCAGCGGAUCAUAAAGCGCGAUGGAAAUAAGAGCUCGUUUACACUCAAUGGAUCCCCCGCUUCCAGGAACGAUGUGCUGAAACUGGCUCAGUCGUUUGCCAUCCAGGUAGACAAUCUCUGCCAGUUCCUGCCUCAGGAUAAAGUCGCUGAGUUUGCUGCACUUACACCAAUUGAGCUUCUACAUUCUACGCAAAGAGCAGCAGCUGGCCCGGAAAUGACCCAGUGGCACGAUGCCCUGAAGAGGCUAAGAGCCGAGCAAAAGAAACUUGAGAUGGACAACAGUGGCGACAAGGAACUGCUGGAAAAUAUGGAGAAUCGCCAAGAGAUGCAAAGAGCCGAUGUUGAAAGAAUGCGCCAGAGAGCCGGUAUCAAGCGGAAAAUCGAGAUCCUUGAGCGUUGCCGCCCAAUUGUAGAGUACAAGGAACACCACAAUGCUGUCGAGGCCCUGAAGGUUAUCAAAGCUGAAGUUGAACGAGAAUACCAUCGGAUUCAAGCGGAGAACGAGCCCAUUUUGCGUGCGGUCAACGCUAAAGAGGCCUACAUCGCUCAAUUGAACGGCGUAAAAGAUACCCGAAAAGAUUCUGUUGACGAGGCAUCCAGGGUCGCUAGUGCAUGCGCUCAAAAAAUCGAAGAAUUUGAGAAUAAGAUCAAGGAUCUCAAUGAUCAGAUUGAGGCCGAAAGAAAGAGUGGUACAAGGCACAAAACCGAAGGAGCAUCGGCUCAGCAAGCUAUUAACAGACUUCGACGCCAACAAGAAGAGGAUGCCGUGGAGUUCGACCCAGAAUUUUACAAUGAGUCCUUGAGAGAGAAACGACUCCAAAAACGCGAGCUUGAGAUAAAGGCCAGAGAAAUCCAAGACAGGAGGCAGCCCCUUCAGGACCAGCAACAGCAAGUGCAAAGGAAUAUCCAGCAGGCCGAACGCCAGCUGAGCAAUUUGGAUUCAGCCUCUGGCCAACAAGAAGUCAAGUUGCAGAAAGCAUCUUAUGAUACGCUGAAAGCCUAUAGAUGGCUUCUUGAAAACCAGAGCAAGUUUGAAAAAGAAGUCUUCGGCCCUCCAAUUGUUACGUGCUCAAUCACCGACCCAAACUUUGCCGAUGCUGUCGAGUCUUUAUUCCAGAAGACAGACUUCACGUCGUUCACCGUGCAGACGAAGAAUGAUUUUCGCACCUUGCAACAUGCGAUUAACCAAACCUUGGGUCUCCAUGAUAUUAGCAUCCGCACCUGCUCGCUGUCAUUAAAUAGCAUGAAGCCUCCGAUGUCUAAUGAUCAACUUUCCCAAUUGGGAUUCGAUGGUUGGGCAAGGGAUUUUCUGAUCGGGCCCGAUCCUGUGAUUGCCAUGCUGUGCAGUGAGAAGAACCUGCAUUCGACUCCUAUCGGACUACGUGAAAUUUCAAAUGAAGCGUUUGCCCGUUUGGAGGAGGGGUUGUUGAGCUCCUGGGUAUCUGGGAAAAGAAGCUACCAAGUGACUCGGCGUAGAGAAUAUGGGCCUGGCGCCACGUCAACUCGGGUUCGGGAGAUCAAGCGUGCUCAGGUGUGGACCGAACAGCCUGUUGAUGUUUCUCUUAAACGUGAACACCAGGAGAAUAUCACGUUAUGGAAUGAACAGCUGCAGGACAUCAAGGCAAAGCUUGAGUCCGAGAGGGCUACCGUGUUAAAGAUACGCGAAGAGCACGAGCAGGCCGAGCGAGAAAUGAAAGAUAUUGAGAAAGAAAAGAGCGCAAAACAGACAGCUCACACCCAGUACCGAGCAAUCCCAGAGAAGAUCUCUCAACAAGAGGCCAAACUUAAAAACAUUACAUCGAUGUUUGAAGGGGUACUGGAGAGAGUUCGUGGGUUCCGCAAUCAACAAGACGAGAUUGCAAUUGAAAAGGCUGAGGCCGCUGUCGAAUAUGCCGAUGCUGUUGAAUUGUUCCGCCAAGCUCAUGAGGAGCUCGUGAAAGUCGAGGUCUUAUUCUUGGAGGCGACGUCCGAUCUUCAGACCUUGCGGCAUCGCAACAUUGACAGCACGAAGUUACUAGAAACAAAGAGACGAGAGGCGCAGGAAGCCACAGUCAAAUUAAGGGAAUCCAAAGUGAAGGCCAGAGCAGUUUUGCAAAAAGCUCAGCGCAUCAGCCGAGAACUACACGACGAACCCGACGCGCAAGCUUUACUUGAAGAGCUCAAUGACCAUGACAUGGAUAAACUCGAAGCUGACAUUGACUCUGAAAAGGCCCGACUGGAGCUCACCCAUGGUGGUAGCAGCCACAUGAUCAAGGAGUUCGAAGACCGUGAAAAGGCCAUUGAGAAGUUGCGUUCCAAACUCGCCGACUUUCUGGACAAGCUUACAGAACUUGGCAACGCCAUCACAGACAUCCGCAAGGACUGGGAGCCCAAGUUGGAAGCGCUCAUCGAGAAGAUCAGUGAUGCCUUUUCGGAUUCUUUCCGUCGCAUUGGAUGUGCUGGCCAGGUCACCUUGGGCAAAGUGGAAGGUGAAGUUGGGCCCAAUGGCGAGCCUGGUCCUAGCGAAUUUGGGGAGUGGUCGAUUGUGAUUCACGUCCAGUUUCGCGAGGGUGCAGGGCUUUCGGUCUUGGAUUCACAUCGCCAGUCUGGUGGUGAGCGAGCCGUGAGUACCAUCUUCUAUCUCAUGGCACUUCAGUCGCUCUCCGCCUCGCCCUUCCGUGUUGUCGAUGAGAUCAAUCAAGGUAUGGACCCGCGAAACGAGCGCAUGGUUCACGGACGCCUGGUCGACAUUGCCUGUGCGGGCGACACCGAGGAAACCGACGAGAAUGGCAAUCCCAUCGGUGGUGGCGGCGGCGGCCAGUACUUCCUCAUUACACCGAAGCUGCUUGAACAACUGUCUUACAAGCCGGGUAUGCGCGUGCUUUGUAUCUACAGUGGAGAGCAUAUGCCCGAAGAUUACGACACGACCGACUUCAACAAGGCAAUUCAGAACAUGAGGAAGGUGGCCGCCAACGCGAUCACCAGUGGGCCGUCUGAAGUCAUGCAAAGCAGCGGUCAAGUAAACGUCUAUGCCUAA